AUGGCUAUGAAUGGGUGUACUUGGCCGAAUGAAAGGGCAAGAGUACCGGUGCAGAAAGGAGUAAUGGCAGUCACCGCUGAUCCGGCUGUAGAGAGUCUGAAAGCAAAGAAUGCUGCACUGCAGGCUCAGGUGGAUAUUCUUAUGAGGCACACUGCAGGGAUGAAUAUGGGAAAUGUUGUUGCAAUACAAAGUAGCUCUGAAGUAUGUGGAGAUCCUACUCAUGUGUCAAGUGAAUGCUAUGUGAUGGGACAGGCAUUUAAUGAGCAGGUCAAUUUUGUUGGAGGACAGAGACAGAGUAAUGAUCCAUAUGCUGCUACUUACAACCCAGGCUGCAGGAAUCACCCGAACUUUUCAUGGAAGGAUAAUGGGGGUAAUGCCAACAAUCAGGCAGGUCCAAGUUUUCAAGGAGGACAAAGGCCACAACAUAAUCAGGGCAACUUCCAGAAUCAUGGAAACUUCCAGAACCAAGGGAAUUUCCAACAUCAGAAUGCUAGGCCACAGCAUCCACCUGGCUUUCAGCAGAGAGAGCAGGGUGAAUCUCUCCAUAGCAAGUUUGACAAGAUGAUGGAGAUGAUUAUGAAGAAGGAUGCUGAGACGCAGCAGAAAUUUAAAAAUCAUGCUGCCACCAUCCAUAAUCUUGAGGUGCAGAAUCAGCAGAUGGCUAAAGCACUGCAGAGCAAAAGUCAAGGGGGUUUACCAUCUACUACUGAGGAAAACCCCAGAGUGCAUCUCAAAGCUAUUGAGUUAAGAAGUGGGAAAGCACUGGAUGAUCCAUAUGCAGGACGUGCUACAGUUGAGGCGGAAAAGGAACAGUGUGAGGGUGGCGAACCUGAAAAGGUAGUUGCUAAACAACCCCCACCACCUCAUUUUGUGCCAAAGGUGCCAUUCCCACACAGAGUGAAGAAGCCGCAUGACACUUGGAAGUUUCACAAAUUUCUUGAAACUUUCAAGAAGCUACAGAUUAACAUUAGUCUGGCAGACGCAUUGAGAGAGAUGCCGCACUAUGCAAAGUUUCUCAAGGAGAUCAUCACCAACAAGCGGAGUUGGGAUGCAGAGGGACCAGUACCAAUGACAGAAAACUGCAGCUCAAUCAUAUUGAGCAGUCUACCGACCAAGAUUAAGGAUCCAGGGAGUUUCACUAUCCCUUGUACUAUUGGUAACAUGCAAUCUGUCAAUUGCCUUUGCGAUUUAGGUGCUAGUAUUAAUUUUAUGACCUUAUCCCUUUUUCGUAGUAUGUUUGGUGAUCAACAGGUACAGGCUACGCCGGUGAUGUUGCAGCUAGCGGAUCACUCUCUGAAAAAGCCACAUGGGAUUGUGGAGGAUGUCCUAGUAAAGGUCAAUAAAUUCAUAUUCCCUGUGGAUUUUGUUGUCCUUCACUAUGCAGCGGACAAGGAGUGCCCGAUGAUAUUGGGGCGACCAUUCAUGAACACUGGCAGAGCUCGUAUCGAUGUUCAUGAUGGCAAGCUGACUCUGAGGAUUGGGGAUGAGAGCGUUGAGUUUGACAUGAGAAAGAUCACACGCCAUCCAAAUUCGGGAGGUGAAUGUAUGCUGGUAGACAUGGUGGAUGAGUUAGUAGAAGAACAACUAGCAGAAAACAAAGCCAUCAUGUAG